UCCACUUCUGCAACAUGAUGCUGCUCAGCUGGUGUAUAGUGUUCCUCUGUAUUUCUGCAAACACAGGGGAUGUUUUAUUAUUGCGCAAGCCCGGAGAGAAUGUCACCUUGCAGUGCUCCUUUGCAGAAUGUGUCAGCAGCAUCGACGGCUGCGUGGGGAUGUAUCUGUAUCAUGGUUUAAAUCCACAGGAGGAGGUGUUGUACUAUCACUCCUCAGAAUAUGAAAAAGUCACCCCACGAAACAGAUACUUAGAGAGGGUUGAGAAAAAUGGAUCUCUUGGGAACCACACCCUCACCAUCAGCAAUCUGGUCGCUGAGGACUCUGGCCUCUACAGAUGUGGCUACAAAAUAACUACAGAGACUGAUGUUAAAUGCACCGGCUACAUCCUUGUUGUAUCAGCCUGUUCUUCAUUUCACACCGGAAAGAACCGACUUCCAGACCAGAAGAGGAGCCUCAGCCUCUGGUGUGGGUUGCCGUUGCCACCUGUGCCAUCAGCAUAUUUGCCACCAUCAUCUUCGUCCUGCUGAUUCUGAAGUUGAAACAAUGGACCAGAAGCAGAAGAACAGCAGGAAGUGUCCCCAUCGAAUGUGUGUAUGAAGUCAUGACACAGAACAGAAUCAUCCCUGAAGCCGCUCCAGAGGUGUUCUCGCCAAAUCCAUAUGAUUUCACUUAGAGGAUGAGAAUGCAGGGAAAGUGUUUUUUGGAAUCGAAUUUUCAAGUGAUUUACUGUAAAUAAACUUCUUCGGAAAUAUAAAGUGUAUAAUAUUUUAACAGCUUAACAAUGAAUUAUCAAAACCUGCUGUAUCUGUUUAAUUGUUGUUAAAAUAUCCCCUUAUUUAAAUCAUUGUUUAUAUCAUUAGAACUUAUUAGUAUUUGAAUAAAUAGCGGUAGAAUAAAUAAUAAAGCAUUUGAGUUGGAUUUGCAAGGGUUACAGGUUUAUAAUGAUCACAAGUAGUCUCACACUCUGUCUGAAAAAAAUGAAUAAUACAAACUAUUUAAUGUAUGUAAUGUUAUGUAAUAUUUGAAAAUUAUAAUUGACACAAGAUCGCAAUGAUUAAUUAAAGAGACACAUGAGCUCCGCAGGGCACACGACAGAAGUACAUGUAAAAACAAAUAUCACAAACAGGCAGGAAGGUUGUGUGAUGGAAAGUUGUGAGUAUAUAUAUGACAGAGCUUGUGGUCACAAACCCUGCCCUUAACGAGAAUUAUAUGUAGGAGUGAACUGAGUAUGCUAACAUCACAAAUUAAUAUAAAUCUUAUAUAAUACAUUUCACAAUAAUUGAGACAAUUGCCCUUUCUUGGCAAAUAUGAAUAAUGUUAAAUAUGCAAACACAACUAUUUUUUAUUUGAAUUGUAAAUGUCUAAUAUGUUUAAUUGUAUAAUAUACCUUUUUUGUAGUGUGACUUUAACCGUUCUAUUUUGUUUUAUGUUUUUUAUGGCUACUGUCUGUGCUGCCUAUGAUCUGUAUCGUGAUAUGUUCCACACUUUGUAAUUUGUGAAUCAGUUUCUAGUCAGAUGUGGAGUUGAUGUGACGACAAAGAAACUAAGUUUGUAUCGUGCGACCAAAUGCAUAAAAGAAUAAAAACUGUUUAUCUACUUGAAGUAAACAUGUCAGUGCUUUUGAGAAACAUGUGGGCAGGAGGUGUACGAGAAAAGAAACCACAGGCAACAAGGAAACUAGGUCACACAGGGAUGUUUAUACAGUUUGUAAAGUUUGGGGCUUUUUAUUUAAUUAAUUUGUGUAUUUCACAGGGAUAAAGCAAAAUAAGACUUUAACUUUACCCAGAGAACCGACAAUGCUCUAGUUGAUGACCCACUGUACCGCCUACUGCCUAUAGGAUUUCUAACUGGGUAUAAUUUACAAUCACUGUCCCUGGAUCAGCUUUUCUCCUCUAAACCAAUUUCACAAUACAUUUUUGUUUAGUUAAUUCAACGUUUGAAAAAAGACAAUUAUAAAGAGAAAAUAUGAAUCAUAUAAAUCAUAUACAAUUAAAAAACCUAUGUUGUGCUGCUUGAUCAGUGAGUGAAGGUUUGGACGGUUUCAGACAGUGUUAAGCCUCCUUAAUUAAAUGUUUUCAGAUCAGUUUUUUUAUUUCUGUAGAUACAAAAAUAUGUUCCUAUUACCAAAAAUAAGUUUUGCAAUUAUACUGUUCACCGAUGAAGACUUCCCUGAUCUUUUCUUUGUGAAAUACGGUCUGGCAAGAUUGUUAACACAUUUAAAAAUCAAUUUGAUGAAAGUCUAAAUGUUUUCUGUGAUAAAAUAUGUUUGCGGUUGAAUAGCUGA